UUCACUCGGAUUCAACCUGGGUCCCACGAGCGUCCACACCCAGACCUGAACUUCAUUUUGUGUUUCCAUUCUCGUUUCCGCUUCGUUUCGUCAUUUGACCGACCCGCUAGGGAUUCCUCUUCCUCUUUAACGUCUUCAACUUCAAUUUCAUCUCCGGUUGAAGAGAGAGAGAGAGAAGGAUGAGAUGGACCCACAUGGCGCAUAUCUAAGUAGCGCAAGACAAGGCGUAAAUUUCUCAAACCCUCCUAUUUUGCUCUCUCAUUUCUAUCCGUUUACACCUUUUCCAAACUCUAAGAGAGAGAGAAACUAGAGAUAGAAAGCUCUAAAAGCAUUUGGGUUCUUUCAUCUCAUUAUCUGAAUCUGAGAAUCCGGAAAAUAGUGGCAAGUUAUCAUUGUCUUCAUUGAAUUUUGGAGAGUUUAUCGAGGGAGAAGAAUUUGGUACUGAAGUUUUGUUAAAGAAUUUAUCUUGAGGUGGGCAUCGAUUUUCCGGGGUGUUGAAGCUGAUUCGAUCUGGGAUUUUUGGCGGAUUCACAGAGCUAAGAAAAGGGUAUGUUUCUGCUGCUUCAAUUUUCAAUUCUAGGGUUUCACUCUUGAGCUCCCUGUUCUGGGUUUGUCUCUUCACCAUUAUGAUUACUGGUUUCUGAGCUUGAAAUUGAAACUGUUUUGGAGAUUAUUAUGAAGCUAUAAAAUGGUGUAAAUUUGUGGGAUAUAGGGUAGAAACGGAAGGAAGGGUUUGCAUUUUUUAGCUAAAUUGUAAGUUGAAACAAUGGAUAACUCGAACCGGUCGAUGAAUAGGAAUGAUAAUGAUCAUUUGGGUGUGAACAAGAUGGGGAAAAAUAUACGAAAAAGCCCAUUACACCAACCCAAUUUUACUAAUACGGCAAGGCAACAACCUCAACCCCAGGUUUACAAUAUAAACAAGAAUGAUUUUCGGAACAUUGUCCAGCAGUUGACGGGUUCUCCAUCUCAAGAGCCACUGCCUAGACCUCCCCAGAACUCUCCCAAACCACCUAGUAUGCGGUUACAGAAGAUCAGGCCUCCACCACUGACUCCAAUAAACCGAUCCAAUAUUCCCAUUCAUCCUCAGGCACCAGCACAGCCACCAGCGGCGGUUCCUUAUGGUAAUCACUUUGUUAGACCUCCUACUCACUUUGGUCAACCCUUGCCCACCAUGUUCCCGCCUUUGACUCCCAGCGAUUCUUUUUGGCCAAAUAUAGGUGACUCUCCCGUCUCAGCUUACAUGCGUUACCUUCAAAAUUCCAUCCUAGAUUCAGGGCCAAGACAACCCCAAUCUCAACCUUUUCCUCACUCACAUCCCCAAUUUCCAGGCCAAUUUCAUACCCAGCCACCGCUCUCUGGAUUACUUCCUAACCCCGCUGCCCCUCUUCUCCCAUCCCCUCGAAUGAAUGGUCCUCCUCCUCUUCCGUCUCUGAGGAUGAAUGGUCCUCCUCCUCCCCUUCCAUCUCCGCGGGGGAAUGGUCCUCCUCUUUUACCCUCACCUACCUCUCAGUUCCUUUUGCCAUCGCCUAGUGGUUUCUUAAACUUGUUUUCCCCCCGUUCACCUUAUCCGUUGCUUUCUCCCGGGUAUCAGCAACCUCCACCGCUGACUCCAAACUUUUCAUUUUCUCCCAUUGCUCAAUCAGGGAUCUUAGGUUCUGGACCUCAGCCACCGCCUUCUCCUGGCUAUGGAUUUCCAUUGUCUCCAGGAUUUUUCCACAUUUCAAGUCCAAGAUGGAGGGAGCAAUAGCCCUAGACAGAAAGCUGCUAACCGAGAGGUUUCCAUGAUUGAUUAUUGCAAAGAGUUUCUUCAUGAUGACUUGCAUCAUCUUCUCAUGGUAGCUUCAAUUGUACAUGCACCCUGUCAGCAUUAGAAGUCCUUUUGGAAGUAUGUAGCCUGUUGUUUACCGUUGUUUACGGUUUGUUAAUACCCAUUUCAGUGACAUGUUUUUGGAUAUCGUUUCUGUAACAGCUGGAACCUUUAUUUUUCUUGUACAAUUUUCACUUUAGGUGAUGUAGUGAAGAUCGUGCAACUCCUCUGGAUGACAAGAUAUAGGAUUUACAGAUAUUGAAAAUUAAUGUGUAGGCUCUCUGCUGGAAGCGUUUUUUCUGUCCUUGUAAUGUUUAGGAUUAAACUUCAUUUUGUUGGAAGUAAUGUUUUUCUUCAUUGCCAUCCCAUUAGAGGGUUUUCAAGGUUAUGAUCUCGACAUGGCAUCGGCAUUGAUAUUGGUAUGGUUGUGAAUUUCAAGGAGAACAUUGUGUUGGUGAGAACAUCAAUGCUAGAAACUAAGGAAAAAGUGGUGUGUACAUUUUCCUUAAUUUACCUCUCAUGGUUGGCCUUCACUCAUGAUCUCUCAAAAAUGUUUCCUUUAAUAAAAUUUUUGUGUGUAUCAAAAUAAAAAAUGGUCUCACGAGAUGUAUUUGCUCUAUAAAAUUUUGUACUGGAUUAAAUUAUGUGCCAUUUGGAUAAGUAUAUCAUUUCUACAUCCGCUGAAAGCCUUUCUUCCUGAUUGAAAGUAAUUUUCAUCCACUAUGGAUGAUCCUUUUGGCUCACCACAGUAGGUUUGUUUUUUGGUGCUAAACAUUAUGCUUCUUAUCAUGUCCCUUUUUUAGGUUUGAUCUCCUAUUGCCAGUUGGCAAAAAUUGGAAGUGAUUAUUUCCAGUCUAAAGAAAAAUAGUGAAGAUGAUUCUUGGCCCUGCUGUUCAUACAUGAUGAUUAUGAUGUUUACAAUGUUAUUUAUGUAAUCAUUCUCCGUUAUCUGUGCCAUCUACUUUGGUGCUUCCAAGUAUAAUCUGAAUUCGGCUCAUCUCUCUAUCUGCCAUAUGUAUGUACUAUUCUUUUAAUUAUAAAUGGAGUGAUGGAUUUUGACCACUAGCUGCUAGCUUGAGCGACAUUUCCUACCUGCCCAAAAGGGAAAAAGAGGAUGAUGGUAUUUUUUUUUUGCGGAGUUUGGGGGGUAAGGUUGGAGAGUUUCAAGUUUUGCAAGGUUCAAGAUGGGACAGCGGCACAAAGGUGCGUAAUCAGUCUUGUCCCUGUUGACCAAGGGUGUUGGGAAAGGUGAACUGCUUGCGGACCUAACAUCAGCAUUAUUUGCACAAACUAACUUCUCCCAUAUUUGACUCUACCACCUCGUGAUUGUGAGGAACAUUUAUUGGUUCACCAGCUAAUGAUCCCUGAGACGGGACAGCGAUGCAAUGGUUUUUAUUU